AUGACAGCCCUCGUGAUCUUCGACUUUGAUGGCACACUCUUCGAUACGCAUGAGUCCAUCUCCAAAACCAUCAAACUCACCUUCGACGCCCUUCUUCCCACCCACAUCCCUCCUGAAUCUCAAAUCCAGCGCCUCAUUGCCCGUGGUGCUGGCCUGACAGACACUUUCCAGGCCUUGCAUCCCUCCCCUGCUGAGUUCACUUCGACCGUCGAGAUCGAGUGGAUUGAAAAAUACCGUGCCCUCUACGCUGCCCACGGCCAAUUACUCAUCCGGGCCUUCCCUGGCUCCAAGAAUCUUUUGACUGAGCUCAACGCUCGCAAAAUUCCCAUUGCCAUCGUGAGUAACAAGGGUGUAGCGGCGGUAAAAACCGCACUGGAGCGGAAUGGCCUGGAUGGCUAUGUGCCGGAAGAUCUGAUCGUCGGGGACAAGACCCCUGGGGCGAAGCGCAAGCCGGACCCUGCCAGUUUCGUGGAUGUUCUGAUCCCAAGAUUAUUGGAAAGAUAUGGGCUAGGAGACCUUGAGUCGGAUAAGGUGCUCGUGGUGGGUGAUACAGUGGCGGAUAUUCAGUUCGCAAAGAACAUUGGGAGCAAAGUCUGUUGGUGUCGGUAUGGUUACGGAGAUCGGGCGGCUUGCCAGGAACAGGGGCCGGAUUUUUCCAUUGAUUCUUUGGAGCAGAUUGUGGAAAUCGUAAACUCCUAG